AUGACACAUUUAAUAGUACUAGUAGUAGCUGUUUUAUUGUUUUAUAUUACUCCCAUUCAUUGUCAAGGUGAUCUUGUUUGGUCAACUUCGACCGAAGGAAAUGGUCACGAAUACAAAUAUUUUUUAUUACAAGGUUCGAGUCGUACGAUCUAUGAUGCGAUGGAUCAAUGUUUGGGUUAUGGAAACAGUACAUUUACAUCAUAUCUUGUCGCAAUUGAUUCAAAACAAGAAUCUGAUUUUAUUAAACCCUAUAUAAAUUGGAAUCUAUCGAUAUGGAUUGGAAGUGGACCAGGAACCAAUCAACCAUUAUUUAAUAUAGAACAGACAUGGGAUCUUAAUAAUGCUGGUGUUAAUGAUGUUGCAUUCGAAAUAUGUGAAUUAGAACCCAUUUCAGAGGUAUAUGUUCCAUCAAUCGGUACAGAUGGAGGAUCAAUAACAAUCAACAACAAUCUAUCACAAUUCAACAUUUCAACAAUCAACAUUACAUUUUACAAUCCUCCAAACAACUCUCGAAAUCAUGUCACAUAA